CGUUGAUAUUCAAAAAUCAAAAUUCAUCUCAAAACAAAAUUUAAAAUUUCCAAAACCGUUAAAAUUCAAAUCCUAAAAGUUAACGUACCUUAAAAAUCAGUUUUUAAAAUAUGCUGGAAUUACAAAAAGAAGCAACAUUCAGAUGAAACUCGAGAACUUAUGUUUGCACAUUCCAGUCCACAGCCAACUCAAAACAUUAAAUGCACAAUAAGCUUAUGUAGAAGUAGAUGAUUCAUUUAAUUUUCGGCCUUUUCCGUAUCAAAAAAACAUUUCACUCGAAAUAAAUCGUGGCUUUAAUCGAUAUUUGGACGAGAGUCGCGCUCAGAGAAAAUAAAGUAAGUCAGUUUGUGAAUAAAAGUGCUCGUUGUCGGAUGUGAACAGAGCUUCACGUUCUAUUUUAUUAUCACUUAUCUUGACAUAGACUUUGUAAUUUUGUGAAAAAUGGAAUCGCGCAAAAGACCCCACAAUGGUUUGACGACGACAAAUGGAACUGGAUCAAAUGAUGGAAUAACCGAGAUUAACGAGAAGAGAUUAAUCAUAAAUCCAACUUUUAAAUAUAGACAAAAUAGACCGGUAAAGUCUUAUUAUCAUUUCGAUUAAGCUAUGCAUCCUAGUUCACACUCAUUUAGUUGUCACAUGCAUCGCAAAUGUGUAUUUUAAGUGUUCAGGAGGGCUCAUAAGCAGCAUUAAAUUGAUGCAAUGUACAUAAAUUAAGCCGUUCGGUGAAAGAUGAGCACACAAUGAGAAUGAUUUUAUUUAUCUAAAAAGUUGUGCAUUUUGCGCUCAUUAGAUAUAAAUAAACACACAAUGCACAGCAGUUAGCAAUGACAGACCUUAUUCCGAUUACUUUUUGACUAAAACAAGAAUUAAAAUCGAGAGUGCCGAUCAUGCAUUAAUUAAAAUAUAAUCUUGUGACUUGAUCGUAUGAUGUACUUUUUGCCUUUCUUAUCAGCAUUUAAGUUAUUGUGCAAUUCGUAAAUUAUAUCAGUUCCAAUUAAUACUUUUUUCACGAUAAAUCGGGAAUUUUUUUUUCAUUAUCAGUAUGGCCACAUGUGAGCUUAUGUCACGUAAUUAAUAUUUAUUAACUCUGACUUAUGACAGGUUUAUUGAGUCGUCAGGGCUAUUGUUCUAGACAUUCAUGUGAUGUGGGAUAUUCUUGGACUUUCAUUCAUAAUAACGUUUUAAAUGAGCGAAACUUAUUGCUUUUUUAUUGCUCUAUGCUUGCGUCAGCAUUUUUUCCGUGAUAAUUAAAGGUGCUUCUAUUUGGGUGUUUUGGAUUUUUAUAAUUUUUAACGAUUUUCAAAAAUUCAAAUUUUUUGUCAAAAUUGUUCAGUAGUUCAGAGUUCGUUCAGUUCAAGAAUUUUGAUUUUGUCAAAAUUGUUCAGUAAUUGAGAGUUCGUUUCCUUUCAGUUCAAGAAUUUUUGAUUUUUAAAAAUCCGUUGAAUUCUCAGUCAAGCAAAUUGAGUUCAAUUCCAUUAUUUAAUCUCAUUUGUUGGCAAAUCUGCCUAGUCAUACUAGCGUAGAUACAAAUUUAACAAUGUUCUGCAAUUAAAAUUCAUCUUUAACCUUCCAUGCAUGUCUUGUUCGUCAAGAAAUAACAAUUUUAAGGAUCAAACCCAAAAAAUUGUGUAAAUCUCUGCAUUAACGUCAUUCAACAAUUGCUAUAGUGGCGUGACUAAUGUCUAAGAGUACUUUUUAUCACCUUGAUGAUAAAAUACGCUUUAAAAUAGUAUCAAGGUCAAGUCUUUUCUUGAUGAAUUGAGUCUUUUGCCACCCCACGAAAGUAAAAAAUGGCAAGUUCAAAUAACAAUAAAUAAAAUUAAUGUUAGAAUGCGAAACUUCAUGCCUAUGUGAAAAUUACAAUUUGAGAGUGACGUCACGUGUUCGGCGAUCAUUCAAUUUAGAAUUCUCUCUUUGCAACUCUCACAAAAUGAAUUGUUUACUGGAUCUAUAAUUAACCAAUUUAAAACGACAUUAAUUUCUAUUCUGAUGACAGGCUAGUGAUUAAGAAUGUCUGAAAAUCCCUAGUGUUUACAUCCUGAAACUCUUUGUAUUUAAAAAUCUAUGACGAAUUAGUCGGGUGAUGUUUCAGUUCCUCUCACACUCUCAAUAUAAAUCCUCUCUCACAAACUUUGCUGUUGUUGUAAUUUUGGAAAAAUUUAAGCGACGUGUUCAGUAAGACGAUCAUUAUCAGUAGAAAUUUAAUUCUCAAUGAGUUAAGACGCUAUUUCUUAAAUAAUUAAUUUAUUAAUUUAACUGUAAAGUAGUGAAGCUAUGGCUCCUUAUAAUACCUUCCCGACGAUCCAGAUCGCUAAACUUUCUAAACAAUCUUCUACAUUAUGUAAGCCGGCACCAUACUCAACAGAUCCAGAAGCAAUAGUUGAGCAUGAAGGAUGUGAUUAUACUCAAAAGAUAACAGUUGAGAUGGCACAGAAUGGAACAGCACCAAGAAAGAUUCGUAUUUAUACGGACGGAAUUUAUGACUUAUUUCAUCAAGGUCAUGCACGACAAAUGAUGCAAGCAAAAAACAUCUUUCCAAAUUCUGAAGUCUAUCUAAUAAUUGGAGCCUGUAAUGAUGAAUUGACACACACGAUGAAAGGCCGAACAGUUAUGACAGAUGUUGAACGAUAUGAAGCAAUUCGUCAUUGUCGAUAUGUCGAUGAAAUCAUUAGAGAUGCACCUUGGAAAAUUACUGAUGAGUUUAUGACCGAACAUAAGAUUGAUUUUGUAGCUCAAGACUCGACGCCUUAUGUCAGUGAAGAUUGUGACGAUAUUUAUAAAGAGAUUAAGGAAAAGGGAUAUUUUGUAGCUACUGAGAGGACUGAAGGCAUCUCAACAUCAGGACUAGUCGCAAGAUUAGUCAAAGACUAUGAUAUGUAUGUGAGAAGAAACCUAGCGCGUGGUUACUCUGCAAAGGAACUAAAUGUCUCAUUCCUUAGUGAAAAGAAGUUCCGUCUACAAAACAAAAUUGAUGAGAUCAAGCAUAAAGGAAGAAAGGUUAAAGGAGAUUUUAUUCAGAAAUGGGAAGAGAAGUCAAAUGAGUUUGUAAGAGCAUUUUUGAUGCUUUUUGGACGUGAAAAUUUGUUGGAAAAGAUUUGGGACAAGUCAAAAGGAGGCAUAAGAGAAGUCAUUAGCUUACAUCCAAAAAAUAAGAAAAAUGGCAUGAUUUGUGACAAUAAUGGCACUGAUUUGCAACCCCCAAAGAAAAUCCAACGAACUAAGCACUGCUCGAUAACCUCUGACGAAGACGAUGAGGAACUGAACCUUGCUCAAUCAGGCUUUCCAUCUAUCACAUUCACAUUACCGUCUAAUAAUUUUAUCUAAAAAGAAAAGUGGAAAAUGACUUCAAUGGCUGAUUUGUUGCUGUAAUUAUUAAUUCCAUUUUUGGAGCUGAUAAGGACACGAUAUCUGUGAUAUGAUAAAUUGAGGUUCUUUUGCAUGCAAAUUUGUUUAAUUAAACGACAAGAAAUUAAUCCAAUCCAAAUAAAUCUGAAAGCUGAAAUGUAAAUUCUUAGUAAGCGUUCUGUAGCUUGAAAAAUAUUAAAACUUCUACUUCUUUUCAUGUAUUCAAUAAAUAUUUGAUUUAUUACUAAUG